AUGGGGAACUCCGCUUCCUCGCUGGCCGCCGAGACCGAGUCGGACCACAGCUUCCCUGGGGGGCCAUCCUUCCCAGGGCCCCCGGCAGCAGCCGGCUGUUGUAGGAGCGGCCCCGGGGCACCUGUCUGGGGCAGUGCCCUGCUUACCCGGCAGCACCAAACCCCACGCCCCCAGGCCCAAAGCCACACGCCCUCGCCCGGGUCCAUGGCCACGGUGGGAGAGUGGUCCUGCGCGCGCUGCACCUUCCUGAACCCGGCCGGCCAGCGCCAGUGCUCCAUCUGCGAGGCCCCCCGGCACAAGCCUGACCUCGACCACAUCCUGCGGCUCAGCGUGGAGGAGCAGAAAUGGCCCUGCGCCCGAUGCACAUUCCGGAACUUCCCGGGCAAGGAGGCCUGCGAGGUGUGCGGCUUCGCCCCAGAGCCCGUGCCUGGCACCUCCCUGUUGCCAGUCAUCAACGGGGUCCUGUCCAAGCCGCCCACCAUCCCGGUGGAGCCCAAGGGCAGCUGCAAGGAGGAGGCGGGGCCAGCGCAGCCAGAAGAACUCGUGGCCAUGGCGCCGGGGGCGGGCCGGCCCGCGGGGGAGGAGGGGGCGGCGGCGGCGGCCGAGCUGGGGAGCGGCUGGGCCUGCCCUCGCUGCACGCUGCACAACACGCCCGUCGCCAGCUCCUGCUCUGCCUGCGGGGGCCCCCGGAAACUCUCGCUGCCCAGGAUCCCUCCCGAGGCCCUAGUGGUGCCCGAGGUCGUGGCCCCCGCCGGCUUCCACAUCACGCCCGCCCCCCCCCAGCCGGGGGAAGGUGCCGAGGCCGACCCUCCCUCUGCUGCUGACCAGGAGCCGCCCCCCCGCCUGCCACCGUUCAGCCCCUUCUCGCCCACCUUACAGAACAACCCCGUGCCUCGCAGCCGCCGAGAGGUACCCCCCCAGCUGCAGCCACCGGUGCCUGAGGCCGCCCAGCCCUCACCCCCUGCUGGCUUCAAGGGGCCCCCCCAGAGCCCAGGGUGGACCCCAACUGGGGCCUCCCGCCUGGCAGAGCGGCUGGCAGGCAAGCGGCUGAGCGCCCUGGAGGAGGAGGAGGCCGAGGCCGGCUCCGUGCUGCGCCGCUGCAGCUCCUGCUCGGCCCCCGGCCCCUCGAGCCAGUGCGAAGCCUGCGGCGCCGCCCCGGGCAGCGAUGUCAUUGACCUGGCCGGUGACACUGUGCGCUUCACGCCCGCCAGCCCCUCCAGCCCCGACUUCACCACGUGGUCGUGCGCCAAGUGCACGCUCAAGAACCCCACAGUGGCCCCUCGGUGCACGGUGUGCGGCUGCUCCAAGCUGCACGGCUUCCAGGAGCACGGCGAGCCCCCGGCGCGCUGCCCCGACUGCAGCGCCGACAGGCCCAGCCCCUGCGCUGCCCACAGAGCCGGCCGCCUCUUCCCCGAGCGCCCCGGCCAGUGGGCCUGCCCUGCCUGCACGCUGCUCAACGGGCCGCGGGCCAAGCACUGCGCCGCCUGCCACACGCCCCAGCUCCUGGAGGCCCAGCGCCGGGGGGCCGUGCCCCUGAGGCGCAGGGAGAGCAUGCUGGUGGAGAAGCGGCGGCAGACGGAUGAGGGGGAGGCCAAGGCCCUCUGGGAGAACAUCGUGGCCUUCUGCCGGGAGAACAGCGUGAACUUCGUGGAUGACAGCUUCCCACCCGGGCCCGAGUCUGUGGGCUUCCCUGCAGGCGACAGCGUCCAGCAGCGCGUGAGACAGUGGCUGCGGCCCCACGAGAUCAACUGCUCCGUCUUCAGGGACCACAGCACCUCCUGGUCCGUGUUCCACACCCUCCGGCCCUCAGACAUCCUACAGGGGCUGCUGGGCAACUGCUGGUUCCUGAGCGCUCUGGCCGUGCUGGCCGAGCGGCCGGACCUUGUGGAGCGGGUGAUGGUCACACGCAGCCUGUGCGCGGAGGGCGCCUACCAGGUGCGGCUCUGCAAGGACGGCACGUGGACGACGGUGCUGGUGGACGACAUGCUGCCCUGCGACGAGGCCGGCUUCCUCCUCUUCUCGCAGGCCCAGCGGAAGCAGCUGUGGGUGGCCCUCAUUGAGAAGGCGCUGGCCAAGCUGCACGGCUCCUACUUUGCCCUCCAGGCAGGGCGCGCCAUCGAAGGCCUGGCCACCCUCACCGGGGCCCCCUGUGAGAGCCUGGCGCUGCAGGUCAGCUCCACUAACCCCCGAGAGGAACCCGUUGACACUGACCUCAUCUGGGCCAAAAUGCUGAGUUCUAAGGAGGCUGGGUUCCUCAUGGGCGCCUCCUGUGGGGGAGGCAACAUGAAGGUGGACGACGCUGCCUACGAGAGCCUGGGCUUGCGCCCCCGCCACGCCUACUCCGUCCUGGACGUCCGCGAUGUCCAGGGCUCCAGGCUCCUGCGCCUCCGGAACCCGUGGGGCCGCUUCUCCUGGAAUGGCAGCUGGUCGGACGCGUGGCCGCACUGGCCGGGGCACCUGCGUGGUGAGCUCAUGCCGCACGGCAGCAGCGAAGGGGUCUUUUGGAUGGAGUACAGCGACUUCAUCAGGUACUUCGACUCUGUGGACAUCUGCAAAGUGCACUCGGACUGGCAGGAGGUGCGGGUGCAGGGCUGCUUCCCCAGCUCGGCCAGCGGGCCCGUCGGGGUGACGGCGCUCACCGUGCUGGAGCGUGCGUCCCUGGAGUUUGCCCUCUUCCAGGAGGGUAGCAGGCGUGCGGACUCUGCUGACAGCCACCUCCUGGACCUGUGCGUCCUGGUUUUCCGAGCCUCCUUCGGCAGCGGCGGCCGCCUGAGCCUGGGCCGCCUGCUGGCCCACAGCAAGCGAGCUGUCAAGAAGUUUGUCAACUGUGAUGUGAUGCUGGAGCCCGGCGAGUAUGCCGUGGUGUGCUGUGCCUUUAACCACUGGAGCCCCGCCACGCCGGGCCCACUGGCCACCACACAAGCCUCCAGCCCCUCAGCAGGGGUUCCGCGCUGCUCCCUGGAGCCGCCCGGCCAUGUGCUGGCUGUGUACAGCUCAAGGCUGGUCAUGGUGGAGCCCGUGGAGGCCCAGUCGACCACGCUGGCAGAUGCCAUCAUCCUCCUCACGGAGAGCCGAGGGGAGCGGCAUGAGGGACGUGAGGGCAUGACCUGCUACUACCUGACGCACGGCUGGGCAGGGCUCAUCGUGGUGGUGGAGAACCGGCACCCCAAGUCCUACCUGCACGUGCAGUGUGACUGCUCCGACAGCUUCAACGUGGUGUCUACCCGCGGCAGCCUGCGCACCCAGGACAGCGUGCCACCCCUGCACAGGCAGGUCCUGGUGAUCCUGUCCCAGCUCGAGGGCAACGCCGGCUUCUCCAUCACCCACCGCCUGGCACACCGCAAGGCAGCCCAGGCCUUCCUCAGCGACUGGACCGCCUCCAAGGGCACCCACAGCCCCCCCCUCACACCCGAGGUUGCCGGCCUGCACACGCCCCGGCCGUUGUGA